AUGGCCGUCAAAUUUGGGGCGCACGGAUUUCUGCGAAGGGACAUCCAAAGUCCCAGACUGACUUGGCUGUUCGCUGGGCCAAAGAGGCCGAGACUUGAAACAGUGCUAUUCAAAGGGGCGCAACCUUGGCAGUGUUGGGGCCCUGCGACUUUUUCUAAGUUGGAGGGCAAGCUGCUGCUUGGGACAUCAAACAAAGCAUGGCCUGUCAGCUGUCAGCUCUGCCUCGCUUCGCCUAGUUGGAUGAUGAUGGGUCUUUUUGGCCUGAAGCACCACUUCAGCCCCUCGCGCCUCACCAACUUGGCCAAGAACCACCGUGGCUGCACGCCGCUGAUGUACAGUGUGCUUAGCAGCCACUUCGAAGCCACUGUGGCACUGAUCGCCCUGGGUGCUGACCUUGGGGCGCGCAAUUCACAGGGGAAGACGGCGGCCGACCUGGCCCGCGAGGUCUUAGCACCACAGGAGCUCGUGACCUCCUUGCAGGGCAACGACCACGACGACACCGCUCCCAGGACGACGACUACUGGAAGGAAAUGUGAGAGUUGGCCCAGCAAGCUGGCACUUUAA